UGAAGUCCUCCUAUCUUACCACAGGCAGGAGGGCCCCACCUCUCCCCUACUCUGGCCAGAGGGAGAUGAACAGGCAAUUGGCGCCCUACCUGACUCCACUCACAGUCAGCCUGGGUGUCAGGCCUGCCUGCUGAAUCACUGGUGCACACACCCAGUCCACUCAGCACCUUCCCUGAGCUCCCACUUGCACAAUGAGUCAGAGGAUCAUGAGUACCUGUACUCAAGUGAAGUCUGCCCAGCACAUCAGCUUUCAAUAGGACUUCCAGAGUAUGCAGCCACCCACAGUCUUCAAGUAGUUGCCUGGAAUCCCCUUGAAACUAAGGCAAGAAGGGAAUUGUGUGGACAAUUUACAUCUAUGUUCUCUUGUUGGAGUGCUGGAGCCAGCUGCAGAUAACCUCCUCUUCACCUCAUUUUGAUAUACCUUGUCCUCCCCGUGGAAAGUCAAGGAAGUCAAAUGGCCAAGAAAGAAUUUCAGGAAAUUCCUAGAUAUUACCACAUUCGUGAUUCUGAACAGAUGGUAUGGCUCCUGAGUGGAAAUGUAUUAAUAGCAGCUCCAUCCAGCAACAAUGUUGAGCCUAUCACUCUUGCCAUAAUAGCAUGUAGAGACACAGAACUUCGUGAUGAAGGAAAAGGCAAUCUGGUUUACCUGGGAAUCAAAGAUAAAAUUCUCAGUCUCUUCGUCACAGAAACUGAGGGCCACCCUACUUUGCAGCUUAAGGAGAUGGACAUCAUGGACCUAUAUAGGGAUAAAACAUCACAAAGGCCCUUUCUCUUUUUCCACAGUGUGGAGGGCUCCAUUUCUGCCUUUCAAUCUGUCUCCUACCCUGGUUGGUUCAUAGCCACCUCCUCUGAGGCAAAUCAACCUGUCUUUCUCACCCAAGAGAGAGGCUCAAUGAACACCAACUUCCAUUUAGAUCCUAAGACUUAAGUCCAGUAUGGGCUGUGAGUGGCCAAUUCUGAAUAGAGGAUCAGCCUUUUAUUUGAAAACGCAAUAACUCAUUUCUGUAUCAUGUCCUUCACUUGAAUCAGUGGGAAGCCUAAAGGUCACUUUCAUUCUUUCCUGAUCUUUUCCCACCAUCAGUUUGGCUACCAAGUCCACUUCAGCCAAUUCCUAUGCUUCUUACAUGCACCCCUCCCUUCCUAUUCUUCUGCCAACUCCCAGCCAAGAGAUGUGAAUGUUCUUGUUCACAUAACUGUAUCAAUAAAAUAAAAUAUUAUUAUUUACUAA